GAGAAAACAAGGUAUCUUUGCCACACUUGGCUUUGCCAAAUUGGCUUCGAUGUGGAUUUUUCGAAGACGGAUCCGAUGCCUUGUCGGCCCUUUAUAUGCACCUGACGCCGUCGUGGGUUUGCGACCCGUUGCCAACCAUACUGAAUCGAAGUGAAAACUCGCUCGACUGCAGGCCCACGGUCCGAGGGCUGGGGCUCAGAGGCUUUCUGGCCGUGUAGAGAGGGAAUGGAGUUUCGAGCAGAAGAGUGCAGGUCGGGCACAAGUGUAAAUCGACUGAAAGCUUUUUGGCAAGAACAAGCCAAUCGAGAAAUCGCGAGACAGGCGCGGAGCAGAUCGGAACCGCCUCGGCUGAUCGCAGCAACAAGCACAACAACAGACCGACCGCGCGCAGUUUCGCAUCGAGGAGUGAACCCAGUACAAGCGUUGCUGGUCGCGCCUAAGGAACAAGAAGAAGAAGAACAAGAGACCAAAGAGACCGCGGAAGAUCGCGUCGAGCCCGAGAGCGAGCCCACCCCGUCCCCCCUACGUGACAGCACCACAGACAGCAUGGCCGGCUACAACGAGGAGUGGGUCGACGUGCAGAAGAACACCUUCACCAGAUGGGCCAACACGUACCUGUCGCGCAAGCGCAUGACCAUCGAUGACCUCUACGAGGACUUGAAAGACGGUAUCCGCCUCAUCUCGCUGCUACAGAUCAUCUGCCGCGAAAAAGUGUGCCGCAAAUUCAACAAGAAGCCGCGCAUGCGCAUCCAGAAGAUGGAGAACCUCAACUUCGCCUUCGCGUUCAUGCAAAAGAAGAACGUCAACGUGACGAACAUCGGCUCUUCGGACAUUUUGGAUGGCAACAACAAGCUGGUGCUGGGCCUCAUGUGGACGCUGAUCAAGGCCUUCCAAGUGGCCGAGAUCGACGUGGAGGGCGUCUCCGGCAAGGACGGACUGCUGCUCUGGGUCAACCGUUCGCUAGCCGACUACCCCACCGUCGAAGUCAAGAAUUUCUCUGGCAGUUGGGCUGACGGCAUGGCCUUCUGCGCUCUGAUCCACCGCUACGCGCCCACCCUCAUCGACUUCAACUCGCUGAACCCCAAGGACGCCCAGACCAACGUCAAGCUCGCGUUCGACAUCGCUCGUGAGAAGCUGCGCAUCCCGCAGCUGCUGGAGGUGGAGAACGUGGCCGGACAAGCCAAACCGGACGAGAAGAGUAUCACCACGUACGUGUCUCUGCUCUUCAAGGAGUUCGCGUCAGGUGUGCAGAAGAAGAAGGCGGUGACGACGAUCUCCAAGGCGCUGAACAUCGCACAGCGUCAUCAGGAACUGGCUGCGGAGUUCAACAAGAACGCGUCGGGGCUGUUGGAGUGGCUACAGCAGCAGACGGAGCGUUUCCAGACACUCAGUCAGCCUCGUCAUAUUCCUGACAUCAAGGAGGCGCUGGCUCGCCAUCUCGAGUACAAGAAGAACGAGAAACCUCCUCGUGAGGCGCAGUUUGUGGCCGUUGAAGGCUGUGCUGGACGCUGGAUCGCCAGUUGCAAGAACAACGGACGCGCAGUGCCCAACUUAGACCCUCCCAUUGAGAAAUUGCAGGCAAUGAAGGCGCAUCUAGACGAGCUGGAGACUGCGUUCGAGCUGAAGCUGCGCCAAAACUUGGAAAGUUACCAGAAGACGGAGAUUUUCCUCAAGAAGGUGGUCAAGGACUUGGAAAAGGUUGAAGCCUGGGCGAAGGAGAAGGAGGCAUUGUCUCUGUUUGCUGAGGACCUGCGUGUCACGUCCACUGCCGACGCUGAGGAGAAGCUUGAGAGCGUGGCCUUCUUGCAGAACAUUGAGCUCCCACGCUAUAAGCAGCUCUUGGCUACAGUCGUGAGCGAAGCUGAUGGACUCUCGGAGGAACACAAGGACACGAAGGCCACGCUGGAGCGUGUGGAGGCCAUGAAGAACUUCGUGGCUAUGGCUGAAGACAAGGUGGAAGGCGUGAAGAUUCGCCUGCAAGAGUGUCUGCGUGUGCAGCAGGAUAUGGACGCUGUGGCCAAGGACGCCAAGACUCUGAUGCGCAACCUCAAGUACGUUAUUGAAGAGAUGGACGAGGAAGUGGAGGCAGCCACGAAGCUCCAGGACGUGUCAACAGCUGGUGUGGUUGCUGCCAAGCACCAGUUCGACACUGUGUUGGUCCCUAAGGUGCAGAACGCUGUGGUGAGCGAGAACGAGAAGCUGAUUGAGAAGAAGCAGAUUCUGGCUGAAGCUGGUCGUGAAAGCGACGUCGCGCUCAUCGAGAAGACGAAUGCUCGUGUGCAGAAGCUACUGGACUCGUUGGCAGAGAAGCGUGGCUACUACGAACAGGAGCUCGCGACUGUGGAGAAGCGCGACGAGGUCUGCCGUGAGUUUGCCAACUUGUCUGCCCGCAUCAAGGAGCGCUGCGCUCAGAGCACGCAGUCAAUCAAUGUGGUCGAGGGAUCGCUGAAGGACCAGUUCAACUCGAUGGUGAAGCUUCGUCACCGUUUGUUCCGCGCUAACACUGGCGUUGCGCUGGAGGAAGAAAUAGAGGAGAAGCCUGAAGACCCGGAGAUCACGGGAGUUGAGACUUCUGCUGCUCAGGAGGUCGCUAAGCCCGCCGCUGAGUCUGUCGCCCCGGAGAGUGAGGAAGGCGACAAGUCGACGGAUGUGGCCACUGAAGUUGAGGAAGCCAAGGCCAAGCAGGUCGAGGAGGUUAAGGCCAAGGCUGCAGAGAUCAUCACUCCCCUCACCGAGGACAUGGAGAAGCUGGAGCGUAUUCACGAAGAGUUGGAGCGUCUGCAGGUGCACACGAACCCAUUCACGACCGACACGAUCCACGGUCUGCGUGCGCAGUUCACAUCGCUUGAGACUGCUGUCCGUGACAAGGUCAAGUCGCUUGAGAAGGAGUUGGCUCUGAGCGAAGUGGGCAGUCUGACUCCCGAACAGGCGAAGGAGAUCAAGGAAGUGUUCGACCACUUUGACCUGGAUAACGACGGUGUUCUAGCUCGUGAUGAGUUCAUCAUGGCCUGCAAAGGUUUGGGUCUCAGUCUGAGCGAAGACGACUGCCACGACUACUUUGACAAGAUCGACGAGGAGGACAACGACGAGAUCUCGUUCGAGGGAUUCGCCACUUUCUGUACGUUGCAGCUGCAAAGUGGUUCCACCAAGGACGACGUGCACGAGGCGCUGGACAUUCUCACUGGUGACGAACUCACGCUUGAGCAGAUCGAGGAACGCUUCGACGCAACCCAAGUCGAGUUUAUCAAGAAACACCUUCCAGAGCUCCUGGAGGCCGACGGCAAGUCGGUGGACACGGACAAGUUCACGGACUUCAUCUUCAGCGUGUAAACAGCUACGAUUCAAGACCGCAGCCUCGUCAGGUUCAGGUGGUAUCGUGUGCUUGAGCCUCACUUUUUUCAAGUCGCUAAAUUUUUUAUGGCUCGAAUUUUUUUAGAUGAAAACCAAAUUUUUACUAUGACAAAUCAAACGUGUAGGAGACGAUGACCGGUUGGUUGUCGUCUCGUUCCACAGCUUUGCCCUCUUUUGCGUCUUCGUUGUGUUUGGAUCGACGGCUCUUCUUACUAGUUGAAUUCGCUUCUUUGGCCACGGCGCGUUUGGCAUCGUCAAUGGAGUAGACGUGGCCUCUGCGUAGUCCGGUGAAGUAAGUGGUGACUCGCGGUGGAUUCGUCCCUUGUGUCUUGCUGGUUUGGCAGCUUACGUCAACCGGUAGAUAAACCUGAGUAUCGACUUCGCGACGGAAGCUGCUGAGUGCUGUUUGUGCGCCCACAGUGCGGCAGUGUCGGAGAUUGGCGAUUUUGAUGGCUUUGCGACGGAGAUUCCACUCGUUCCAAUCGUAGUUGUAGUCAAUGUGCUUGUCCACAAAGUGCGUGGGUGUGGCUGUGCUAGCGUCCACUUUCUGCGACGGCGGAGGGGCCAGCAACGGAUGCACCCCACGAGCUCCUUCAGCACGGAAUCGAUGACACAUUUUGAGCAGCGAAGACAGCGUGAUGUUCGGGAAAGACUCUUGCAGACGCAGCAGGUAAAUCAGCGCUGGUUGACGUGCUGCACGACGUAGAACUCCCUGGACAUAGCGCCGUGGAUGAAUCAUGAACUCUCCUAGUGCACGUUCAUUGACGAAGACGUGGUAGGCGUUGCGGUACUGCACGACUCCAAGCGACGGAUCUCCAGGAAGCAGCAAACCUCCACGCUCCACUACUGUCCAUGGACAGAAACCUUGAUACUCGAGUGGCAGUUGCAUGAACUCCGGUGUUGAUUCCACUGGCAUUCGAAUGGGAAAACCUGAACCUUCUUCUUCAUUGGGAUUGCUGUUGUCUUCGUCGCCGUUUAAGUCUUCACCUUCCACGCCAAAGCUCCGAGUUUUACCAUCAGCGGUCAGUUGACUUUCAGCUGGAAAAGUCUCGACAUGAGAGAAGAGAUCUUCAGUCGGAAUGGAACCUCCACGUCGUGCUUGUCGUACAAUGGGCGAUUCUGACGAUAACGUACGUGUGAACGUCGAUUUGAAGCGCAGUAAUGAGCGUAGAGCUCGAGCACGAGCCUGUAGCAACUCGUGCUCUUGGUGCAACUCGGCCCAUGAACGAGACACGGCUUCAAACAGUGGAUACACAUGGGAUUUUGGUAGCGAUGUACGUGCCCCCACGAGGUUUUGCAGAGCGCUCAUAUCUGCCUGGAACAUCUGCAGUCGUGUGCCUACCUUCUCGUGGGAGAACGCGAUAUCUUCUUCGAGACUUUGCAGGUAGGAGAGGAACUGUCUUCGAUUGCUCAGUUCAUCUUGCCAUCGCGCGAUUUCAUCGAGACUCGGUGGUGGUUCUAAGGAGUUUGCAUCUUCUCCUGCUCCCAGUUGGUGAUGCACAUGCAAAAGCACCUCAGUAUACUGUGUACAGAUCUCAUUGGCGUCUCGAACCUCGUCUCGCACUAGUUUUGCCAACGCGGCGACGUUUUCCUCAAUGUCUCGCGCACUGGCUGCUAUACCAGCGCCACCUUUACCCAGUUCCUUGUUGAAUAAGCGAAUUCCCUCAACGAUGCGCAUGAGCUCAUCCAGUUGGAAACGCUUAUCCUCAGGAGACAUCGUCGCAAAGGACUUCAAGCCAAUACGUGGGAAAACGCUCUCGAGCGCUGCAGCUACCUCCUUUUCCAUGGCACGACGCUCUGCUGGUUUACUGAAACUACUGUUUUUACUGUUAUUGUUACCGUCGUCCUCGUUAUAAUUGCCAAGACCACCCGCAUCUAGCAUUAAUAAGGUGAAAAUGUGCUUGUACAACGUCGAAAGCGUCUCGAAGUCAGUGGCUUUCUCCGGUACAAGCGAAGAGAUCGUACGCUGCAAUUUGGCCACCGCUUGCUCCUUGCGCUCUUUUCUUGAGCGCAAUUCCUCCUCGAGAUUCGCGUAUGUAAAGUCGAACUCGAGCUGCAUCUUGACGGUCUCCAUGGCUGGAUCAUCACUACGCAGAAGAGCUUUUUCGCACUGCUCAGUCAGAUACAACUCGUCUUCUGGAGACAUUGGCUGCUCCAGCACGAGAUGACGCUGACUACGAUGCACAACCAGUCGCGCUGUGAACGCCGCGAGCGUCUCGGACACCUCCACGCCGCGGUAUCGACAUCUCGCUACGAUAUCGGUCACCACGCGCUGAGCAUUCUCCAUGCUCCUCUAGCUCUUGCAAAAACGGCAAAUAUAGCCAACUGAAGAGAAAAGGAGCGAUAAUAACCACAGCGAUGGGGAGUGUGCCAUCUAUGAGGUUGCCAAUAAAUAGAGAAGAGAAACCACCGGUUGACACGAGGAUUGC